AUGCUCGUACUGCGUCCGUCCAUGUCAUCUCCGUACUACCUCCACAAUACCUCCCCUCGCACUUCCGUGCGACUUCAACAGUACCUGCUGUCGCACGUCCUCUCGUCAUGUAUGCUCUUUGCUGCCGUCCUCCUGGUAUGGACGUGCCUCGUCUCCACCUUUCCUGCUUCCCCGCUUCCUUUCUUCCCCCGCAUCCCUUGCGUUCCCCCCGUCCCCCGCAUCCUUCGCGUCCCCCGCGUUUACCCGUCUCACCCGCGUGCCCCGCGGCCCCAUGGCAGGGCGUCUCUCACCUUCCUCGUCCUCGACAGCAGCCAGUCACAGAGGAAGUCCACUAAAAAACUAUCCCCCACCACCACCCAUUGCCCCACCAUCCCCCCACCCCACGUCCCAGCUCUCACCUUCCUCGUUCUUGACAGCAGCCAGUCCACAGACGCCCCCUUCCCCUUCCUCUCCGCCUUCUCCUCCUCCUUCCAGAAGCCCCACUGGCGCUCGCGCCCAAUCACCGCGCAGCAGCAGCAGCAGCUGCACAACCAGCAGCAGCAGCAGCAGGGGCGGUGGAGAUCCCAACCCCUCGCAGGCGUCUUUGACGUGGUGGCGUAUGGGGCGGUGGGGGAUGCAGUCACGGACGAUACACAUGCGCUGACCACGGCCAUGCAUGCAGCGUGCAGCCAUGCGGCGGAGAAGGGGGUGGUGGCGACGGUGCUGGUGCCGUGGGGUGGUUGUUAUUCCGUGCAGCCCAUCACCAUGCAGGGGCCAUGUGGGCCUGGCAUGCGAUUGCAGAUUGACGGGGUCCUGGUAGGUCCAUCGGACCCUGCAGCGUACCCUUUUCCCGACUACACCAGCACCUACUUCCCCUACACCAGCGGCUUCCUCUCCUUCAAAAACUUCUCUGGCCUCGUGAUCUCGGGCGGGGGCAGAAUCGAUGGGCAGGGGCAGGAGUUCUGGAAAGCAUUCAGGAACUACACCCUGCAGAAGACCAUUCCGAUCAGGCCAUUUGCAAUCCGGCUGAUGCACUGCAAGAACACGACGGUGGAAGGGAUCUCCAUCUGGAACUCUCCCAUGUAUCACCUCUUUGCGUACACGUGCGAUGGGCUGCACAUACGGCGCUACAAGACCAACUCGCCCAGCAGGAGUCCCAACACUGACAGCCUCAAGCUUGUUGGCAUCAAGAACGCUCUCAUUGAGGAGUGCUUUCUGCAUGGAGGUGAUGACGAUGUGUCAGUAGUAGCAGUGGGGGAGCUGGUGGCGUAUAACAUCACUGUGAGGAACCUGGAAGCAACUGCAGGGCACGGAAUAAGCAUCGGGAGUGUUGGAUGGGACGGCAAUGUGGGGUGUGUGGCGAAGGUGCGGGUGGUAAACGUGACACUCAUCAACCUGACCAAUGGCAUUCGCAUCAAAACAUGGCAAGGGGGUCUUGGGGUUGUCCGAGAUGUCUUCUACGAGAACAUCCACAUGAAGAACACCAGCAAGGCCAUCAUGCUGAAUCAGGUGUGUGAGCUCAGCUGA